AUGCGGUUUUCACUCGUUUUCACCGCCUCGGCGGCUUCUGCCUCCCUCCUGCGCAGGCAGACAUUCGGCGAUGCGCCCCAGAUGCCAGACUCUGCCUUCCCGAAGUUCGAGACCGUUACCCUGGAAGAUGCGAAGGCUGGAUUGGAUCGCCUGAUUCAGGGACUGGUGCAGCCGCUGAACUUGACCGGCGAUGCGCCCGUUGAGUCCAAGGAGCCCGAGACCUCCAACUUCAGGGUCAUGGCGGCCACGGCCCAAUCCGCCCAGUCCGAUGCCUGCAGAGCAAACCCCAACAUCCGCUUCGAGUGGCGCGAGUAUUCCGAUUCCGACCGCCUGGCUUUCGUCAGGGCCGUCAAGUGCCUGAUGAACAAGCCGCCGUCCGGAAACUUCCCGCCUGCCCGGAGUCGGUAUGAGGACUUCGUCAGGAUCCACCAGGACUAUAUGCCUAACGUCCACAACAACGCCAAGUUCUUGAUCUGGCACCGCUACUAUCUGUGGACCUUCGAGCAGGUCCUCCGCUCCGAGUGCGGUUUCGACCGCGCCAUGGUUUGGUGGGAUGAGACCAAGGAUGCCGGCCGCUUCGGCCAGUCGGAUAUGUUCACCAACCCGGCCUACUUCGGCAGCAUGCCGGCUCGUGACGCAAACGGCAACCCGACCUGCAUCAACGACGGCGAGUUCGCUGGUCUCAUUGCCAACAUCGGCCCCGGAAACUCGCAGACCUCUCACUGUCUCGCACGUGGCGUGAACGAAGCCGACACGGCUCAGUGCAACACCGAUUUCAUCAACUACUGCAACCAGAGAACCUCCUACGCCGAUUAUGAGAGUUGCCUUGAGUAUGGCCCGCACGGCUAUGGCCACAACGGCAUUGGCGGCGUUAUGGCAGACGUCUGGGCCAGCCCAAGCGACCCUGUCUUCUGGAUGCACCAUUCUUUCAUCGACCACAGCUGGAGGAUCUGGCAGAACCUCGACGGCAACCGAAUUCUCAACAUUGACGGUGUUGACGCUGCCGGCAAUGCCUUGACUUUGGAUACCAUGGUCUACAUGGGUGGAAUCAGGCCGGAUGUACGGGUCAGAGAUAUCAUCGACACCUUGGGUGGCGUUUCGAUUGGAGGCGUGCCAUUCUGCUACCGAUACACGUACUAG